UUCACAUUCCUCACGUCCCGUACACACACUCCGCCCAUUCAGGAGUCAUGGACCUUUGCUCUCUCGACGACUCUCCCAAAUAGCCUCGUCCACCAUGGCCGGAUCCUACGAAGACGCGCUGAGCAGCUCACGCAUGCUCUCGUCAUCUGUCUCCUCCAUGUCAUCGAGCCGGUAUCAAUCAUCACAGAUCGCAAAAGCGUACCGGCAAGCCGCCCAGCUAUUCCUGACGCGCCGACUCCCUGAAGCUCUCUCGACAAUUGAACCCAUAAUCACUCCGCCCGACCAGGACUCUUCCAACAGCUCGCCUAAUGGAGAUUCGCCGGCCUGUGCCCCGGUAGCAUCCGCGUCGCGGGGAACCAGGGUCAAGGUGUGGAGUUUCUACCUGACAUUCCUCAAUUCCGUGGUUGAAUUGGGUGCUGAAGAGGGGAAGCACGCAUUUGGGAGCACGAGGUGGAAGGCAUUGGUGUCCAAGUGCCGUGAUGGCAGCGUUUGGGAUGACGUUGUUCGGGACGGGUAUGCUGGUGUUGAGGGAGACGUGGAUGCGGAGGUAGUCAUUAACUUAGCUACCCUCCUUCUCACACACUCGCCCUCUCAGAGACUCAACCAACAACGCCUCGAAACUUACCUCUCCGCUUCGGCACGCCCAACCUUCGACGUCUCCUCGCACAUGCAAUCCCCAACGUACCUCCACCGCCGACCCAGUCAACACAACAACGGCACCAGCACCCCCCGAGACCUCAAUACACGUCUCAAACUCCUCGAACUCUACACCCUCCACGUCCUCCCCCGAAACGAAGAAUGGGACUACGCACGAGAAUUCAUCUCAAUGAGCGAGAUCCUGGACGACGAACGCAAAGAAGCCUUCCACCUCGCGCUCCACUCCCUCAAAGAAGAAAAGGAAGAGUCUGAAAUCCGCGAAGCCAAGCUCCGCCAACAACAACAGGAGCAAAUGGAACUCCGCCGCAAAGAAUCCGAAGCACGGCGUCUCGAGCAAUCCCGCGCCGAGGAUGAACGCAGGAAACGCGAAGAGGAGAACCGCCGCCAGCCCCGAGGCUCCGACGAAGUGUUCCGGAAACUCCCUAUGCAUCGACCCGCGGCAUCUACUUCGCCACGGGCCUCGAGACCCGCGAAUAAGAAGGCUGUGAGUCCACCGCCGGGCUUGUAUCAUCGCGCUUCGUCCCUGUUGACGUCGAUGCAGACGCUGAUAAGUAAUACGGCACAUUCGAUGACAGCGAACCCCAUGGCGGUUUUUCGGACCCUGUUGUUUUUGCUGGCCUUCGCUUUGGCUUUUGGGCGACAGGAUUUGAGGGAAAGGCUUCUGCGGGUGUUGAGGAAUGCGUGGGAGAAGAUUCGUAGGACGGUGGGGAUGGGCGUUAAGGUUUCUUAUAUUUGAGCCAUGUUGUAAUGCUGUAUGAUCGCUAUGAUUGGUCUGGUUUGGCCUUAGUGUAUUAUAUCUUUGAGAGCCAGCAUGUUAGGUUGGCUCGGUCGGUGGAAAUUGGUUGGUGGUAAUAUUAUUGAGUUCUAAGUGU